AAUGAAAGCGUCAUUUAGAUGAGUUUAUUGAUAAUCGACAUCGAAUCGAUAAUGCUAUCGUAGAUGUGUUUUAUUUUCAGUCAUUGUGUUCUUGGUAAAGGUGGGUUGUUGUUGCUUUUAUAGAUUUUAGAUUUAAAUGAAUAUAAUUUAUUUAACACAAAAAAUCUUAUUUUUUCUUAAGUUUUCAACUGACUUAUUUGUCUGGAUGAUUUUUUACAUUUAAGUUUGGCUCCAAAGUUUGAAUUUUGAAGUCCGUCUUACGAUUUUUGUACCUAAAAAAAUUAUCCCGAACUGGUUCGCUAGGUUAGUUUUAACUUUUAAGUUUUAAGUAUCACCGAUUGUAUCAUCAAUAAAACAUUUAUAUUUAAGAAUUUUUUUUUUUCAAUGAAGCUAAGGCAAACAGAAACAAUACUUAUGACGCCAAAUGCUAAACGAUUUAAACACAACCAAGUUUUGAUAACUACAUUUUCACGCAUGAUUAAUCUGUGGAACAAUUUCAAAUAAAUUGGCAGAAAGACGUUUUUUUUUAAUCCGAGCGUCGAACACGCGGUCGCUGUCUUCCGCACACUCGUCGCGCCAAUUCACAUAUAUCAACUACAGGUGGCGACAUUUUUAGCGUUGAAGACGCGCUUUUAGCUGCAAAAUGACAAGCCAAUAAUUUUAGAUCGCACGGUAUGCGUGCGAUACAUAGGCGGAACACGAAAAAACGAUCAGUUGUGAGUAGACAGUAUGCCAGAAUCCGCCGCGGUUUCACAAUCACGAACGUUAUGUUGAGGUUAAGGUUACCGGUCUGUUUUGGUUUCUCUUGAAUAACGGUUCAUAAAUUUAACUUUUUAUGUGAUGAGUUUCUACGUAACAAAAAAUAAUAAAUAAAUACAAAGUUUUCUUUUAGUUCAAUUAUAUAGUGAAGUGAAAGUCGUGUGCAAAAUGCCUAUUCUAUUCAGUGCAGUGGCCUGUGACAGUGCUUUGAUAGCGAACUUUGCGUCGUGCGAUGGGAACUUCUUGGAGAUAGCGGAACAAGUGCUGCCAAAGUUACCGGCAAGCAACAAGAUGACAUACUCACACGGAAUAUAUCUACUGCACUAUAUAGCCGAGGAUAAUUAUACAUACUUUUGUAUUACAGACAGACUAUGUCAACGAUCGCGAUCGUUCCUCUUCCUCAAUGAGAUACAACGGCAAUUCGCGGAGAAUAAAGUUGACUUCACAUCAGUAUUGGCGGCUGAGAUGUACCGAUACAGCGAGGACUACAGUACCAUCAAUAUCAGGAAGGGAGAAUUGGAUGAGUUGAAUAAAAUCGGCGUAGGCUGCAGCGAAAGCAUACUAGGAGAGAAGAUAUUAUAUGUUAACAAUCCAGACAACAUUUCAUACAGUACUAUAUCGUACGUUCACGCGACUCCAGAAACAAUAUCCCUAUCCGAAAUACAUCAAGAAACUAAUUCGGAACCAGAAUUAACUUCAGAAGAAAUCACUUUAGAUUCAAUACCAGAUACAGCUUUAGAUCCAGAAGAGAUAGCAGACAAUAUCGUGACGUCAGAGAGAAUAACAGAAGUGAUAGUGAAUCCGGAAAAAAUAACAGAAUCCCUCGCGACAUCGAAAGCUGCGCCUGAGUUUAUCGUGAAUGCAGAGAAGAUAGAGGAUGUCUUAACUCCUAGACUAUACAUUGUGAUCAUAGGAAUGAUGAUUCUAGUCAUAGCAAUGGCCGUGUACGCGUUCGGACCGAUUUCCUGCGCUGUAGUCACAAGUGUCGGCAUUUAUUCACUAUUUCGUUCUUUUGCAAGUUCUAAAGAUAAAUCUUCGCAUUCUGACGCAAAAGAGAAUUGACGUAGUGGAUAGUCAGUAGUGAUUUAUAAUGUGAGUAUUUGUUGUGCAAUUUAGUAUUGCAAGUAGCUGUAUUGCAAAUUACGUCAUAGUUCUUAAGCCAGCGAUUUCUGACACUGAAUAGCAUUUAAUGAAUAGUAUUUAAGAUGUUUUCUCCUUGUGAUGUUUUAAAUGUUUACUUUUACAUAGAAAUAAAUGAGAAUUACGACAGCAAAUAUACUAAUUUUCGUUUCAAAAUAUUAA